AUGGACAAGGGAGAGGGGGAGCAGCAGAUGUUGCAAAAGUGGAAGGGAGACAGUGGCGAGAGAGGCAGAGAUUACGGAAUAUUGCAAACAGCAGCGGCCAAUCAUGGCUUCUUCGGUGCGCUCCUUCGCAGAAUCCUCUUGAACCAUGCCGCAUACAGGAAAGCCCAGUGGGGCUUGUCAGCAGUGCAAGCAGCGUCAUGUAAAGGUCAAACGAAUUCUGGACGCUUCUGUCUUCUGUCUCUCAAGUAUGCCCUUGUUGAUAUUGAUCAGUGCGAUGAAGCAAGACCUGCUUGCGGCAAAUGUGUCAAAGCCAAACGUGUCUGCUCCGGCUACUUGGAAGGACUGGAUCUUGUCCUGCGCCAUCAGAACGAAGCCGCAAAGGCUGGAGUCAACAGGCGAGUGCACAAAAACAAGAGCAGGUUCCAAACGCCCGAGGAUUUCUUCAGGCCUCAGCCUUCUACCACCUUUGCCGUGCCCCAUCCCCUCUACGAGCCGGAGGAAACAAACGCACAAUGCUUUUUCGUCUCCACAUUCGUUCUGUAUGGACGAGACACCUCAGCUGACCGAGGAUUUCUUGAGUUUCUACCGUUUCUGUUCAACAGUCUGCGCGUAGAAUCUCCCCUGUCGCUGUGUAUAUCCGCGGCGUCUAAUAUCCUAUUUGCUAAAUGGGAGCGCAAAAAUCGUAUCGCCGAACGCUACGCAUUUCUCUCUUACACAAAGGCUUUGGAAGCCACCAGAGUGGCUUUGCACGAUCCAGUCGAGAGCAUGACUGAUGAGACUUUGAUGGCAGUAUGUCUACUUGGCUUCUACGAGGUUUUCCGAGCGAUCCAUUUCUCAUAUCCGAUAGAUACGGCUUCUGGAAUAUGGGAAGAAGAUCUUGAUGACAUGCCUCGAAAUCCUGCAACCUUAUUGGACCUCAUGUCAGUCGAGGUAGCAGGCCUCCUGGCUGAUGCCGUUCACACACCUCCCAAGGUCAUCGGCUCAGGCGACGAUGGAGACGAAUCAUUGAAUCGUACAGAUGGGCUGCUGGAAAGAGCACAAUCCAUAGAUGCUUGUCUUGCGUCCUGGCCCGAGACAUUGCCCUUACACUGGCAUCCUAUUCGAGUCUUCAAGGACACCAUACCGCAGGAAGUGAUCGACGCUGGAAUAUACGAAGGAAGCUGUGAAAUUUACCCGGACAUUAUGAUCUGCAGCACAUGGAACGACUGGCGAGUCGCUCGUCUCAGAAUCCUUCAUCUCAUUGCCCAGCUUCGUCUCGUCAGUAGCCUCGAUCGUGGUGAAACUGGUGCACGAAUCAUCACUGAGAUAGAAAAGCUGGUGAAUGGCAUUUGCGCUAGCAUACCAUUCUGCCUCGGUAGUCGCACUGAGCCUGCGCCUUUUUACCAGGCUGAUGUGGUUUAUCCUGGACUCAAAGGGCGCUUGGAUUCGAAGGAGCACGAAAAGACUGCCAGUGCAUAUGGAGGAUGGUACUUAUUCCGGCCUUUCAAGGAGUCAUUGCAAUUGGGACCAUAUAUAAGCGAAAGCCAGCAGGAAUGGCUGCAUUUUCAACUUUUGCGCCUUGCAAAAUUGUACGAUAUUGAUCCGGCCUCGGGGUGGAAAUAUUACUCGCAAUGA